GUUCGAGAUAAUUUAGUACCUGUAUAAGUACUUUGUAUCACAAAGUACAACAAAGUAAAAUCGAAGACGAAAAAAAAUAAUAUUAAUUAUUAUCUUAAUUAUUAUCUUAAUAAUUAUCUUUAAAUAAUCUAUAAAAUAUAGUGAAAAUCAAUUAAAAACUAAAACUAUUACAGACACUUUAAAAAAUUGUCACUAAUUUUUCAUAAUUCAUUUAAUUAAUUUAUCUCGCAAUAUUUUUAUAUUGAUAUAAAAAGUGCAAAAAAUAAAAUAAAAUAAAUAAUGACGCGAAAUACAAGUAUUAAAUGUCAAAGAUUUAUCUUUUUAUCGAGACAAUUGACAGAUAGUGCUGCGGAUAAAGGUUAUAGUGGAAGUGUUAAUAAAAAUAAAUUGUUAAAUCGUAUAAAAAAUGCUUCUUUAUGGAAAAUGAAAAUGUCUAUGCAAAAUCAUACAAAACUUUUAAUGCAAUUGAAAAAUUUCUUAUAUAAAUCUGGUUAUGACAAAAGUCUACAAAUUAUUUUAUCUAAAAAUUGGUUAGAUUUUUUACAAAAAGUAACAUAUUCGCAAAUAAAUACUUUGAAAAAAUUGUCACCAAUUGAAUUUUCAAAAAACAUAAAUGAUACGAAAAUAUCAGAUGUAGAAAAAUGUAAUAAUAGUGAAAAAGAAAAAAAAAAUGUAAUAUUAGAAACUUCAGAAGAAAAGACAUCAAUUACCAAUACUAGUGAAUGUAAAAAACAAACUCAUGAAGAUACCACAAGUGAGAAUAAAUUUCAAGCUAAAAUAGGAUCCCAAUCUCUUUCUCAAUUUCUUAAUGCAUUAAUAUUUAAUUCUGCUCAAAAUAAAACAGCUGGAUUAGUUGUAUCACCAAAAUGGAAAAUAAAUCUUCAUAAAAAUAUACCAAAACAUAGUAUUGCAUCUAGAACACGUCAUGUUUUGAAUGCUAUUGCAACUGCUGAAUCAAAUGCUUCAUGUUUGAGGAGAAUUGAAGAUUUAUUAUUACAUAUUGAUCAAUAUUCAGAAGCUAGGCAUUAUGCUAUUAAGGAAGGAGCAAUUAAAAUAUUGCUUAAAACUCGACAAAGAAUUAAGGAUGAACAAAUAAGAGCACCUAUAAGAGAAGCAUUAACAGUAUUAGGUUAUACUGAUCCAUUGCCUGGCAGAGGUAUUAGAAUUCUUUCUAUUGAUGGUGGAGGUAUGCGUGGAGUAUUAGUUAUAGAAAUGUUAAAAAAACUUGAGAAACUAACGGGCAAAAAAACUUAUGAAAUGUUUGAUUAUAUAUGUGGUGUAAGUACAGGAGCUAUUCUUGCUGCUGUUUUAGGUGGACAUAAACGAAAAUCAUUAUAUGAAAUAUCAGAAUUAUACAAAGAACUAAGUACCAAAGUAUUUACUCAAAGUGCUAUAAAAGGUACAAGCAAUUUGGUAUGGAGCCAUGGAUAUUAUGAUACAGCUCUUUGGGAAAAAUUAUUGAAAGAACAUUUAGGAGAAAAAAUUCUUAUAAAAACUACUCGCGAUUCUACUUCUCCAAAAUUUUCAGCUAUAUCUGCUAUAGUAAAUCAUGAACGCGUAAUGGCUUAUGUAUUUCGAAAUUAUACUUUACCUCAUAGAGUCGAAAGUUUAUAUAUAGGAUCUCAUAAACAUAAAUUAUGGGAAGCUAUUAGAGCAUCUGCUGCAGCACCUAGUUAUUUUGAAGAAUUUAAAUGUGGUGAAUAUCUUCAUCAAGAUGGAGGUAUUUUGGUAAAUAAUCCCUGUGCAGUUGCAUUACAUGAAGCUAAACAAUUAUGGCCAAAUAGUCCAAUUCAAUGCGUGAUUUCAUUUGGAACUGGAAGAACGCCAAGUCAAAUUUGUGGAAAUAGCAAAAAAUCUGCGGAAAUUGCGAUUUCAAGUUGGAAAGAAAAAUUUUAUAAAAUUUUAGAUAGUGCAACUGAUACAGAAGCUGUACAUACGAUGUUGAACGACCUCUUACCAGAAUAUGUUUAUUUUCGUUUUAAUCCAUAUUUGACGGAGAUGUUAUCAAUGGUAGAAAUACGUCCUGAGAAAAUCAGUCAAUUAGAACAAGAUGCAAAAAUGUAUAUUCGCAGAAAUGAAGAAAAAUUUCAGAAAGCUGCUGAAGUUUUACUACAAAAAAGAAGACUUCAACAAAAAAUUAUGGAUUGGAUUACAUUAAAAAGAAAAAUGUCAAACUUUUAAAUUA